AUGCCAAACUCUGAUUCAUUAUCUAUAAGUUUUAUAUUCUAAGAAUGCAAUAAAAUAUAAUAUAAUUGUUUUCUAAUCGUAACAAUAAACAAUCAGACUCUCGAUCUAUCUCUAAUAGUUUGCUUUCAAAAAUAGACUUUAGUCCAACAAGCUUAUUUAUCAACUAAAAAUAUCAAUCUCGAAUCAUAGACAUAAACAAUUAAAAUAGUUUUAUUAUAGGUUUAAUAACAGAGCAAUUCCAUUUUUAUAUUAAUAUCAAUCAAAAAUAUGGUUUUUCUAAUUUAGAAUGUAUAGGUUGUAAAUAACCAAUUAAUUUUAUCAUAUAUAUGUCAGUUGCGUAAUUUGAGGUAUGGAAUGUCAAAAAUUGAAGGAACCCUAUUUUCAAAGAAAUAUGAGGGCCUUAAUGAUUGA